UGAUCUCGCGCCCGCGCGGAAGGCUGGCUGCAGGCGCUAAGGCGGCGUCGCCGGGAGUCACUGCUGAGGUGGCCGCGCGCGCCGGUCGCGUUGGUGCUGUUCCGCGGCUCUGUGCCGGGCUGGCAGCAGCUGGACUCUGGUGGGGAGCACGGGCUCCCGGGACUGGCGAAUGGUCCCAACCUAGGGCGGUGGGAGAGACAUCUGAGCCCAGGAUGCUGGGGAGACGGCUCGGCGGCUCCUCACUCAUCCCAGAUGUUGAUCACCUUUCUGAAGUAGAAUCUCCAUGGCCUGAACAUUUUCUGAAAACCGUUUUGAGCAUAAUACCUGUUUAAUAGCAAGAUAACCAGAUCAAGAUGGUUGGAAAACUGAAGCAGAACUUACUGUUGGCAUGUCUGGUGAUUAGUUCUGUGACUGUGUUUUACUUGGGCCAACAUGCCAUGGAAUGCCAUCAUCAAAUAGAGGAACAUAGCCAACCCUUCAAAUUGGAGAGUACAAAGACCACUGUGCGAACUGGCCUGGACAUCAAAGCCAAUAAAACCUUUGCCUACCACAAAGAUAUGCCUUUAAUAUUUAUUGGAGGUGUGCCUCGGAGUGGAACCACACUCAUGAGGGCCAUGCUAGAUGCACACCCUGAUAUUCGCUGUGGAGAGGAAACUAGGGUUAUUCCCCGGAUCCUGGCCCUGAAACAGAUGUGGUCACGGUCGAGUAAAGAGAAAAUACGCUUGGAUGAGGCUGGUGUCACUGAUGAAGUGCUGGAUUCUGCCAUGCAAGCCUUCUUACUGGAAAUCAUUGUGAAGCAUGGGGAGCCAGCCCCUCAUUUAUGUAAUAAAGAUCCUUUUGCUCUGAAAUCCUUAACUUACCUUGCUAGGUUAUUCCCCAAUGCCAAAUUUCUCCUGAUGGUCCGAGAUGGCCGGGCAUCAGUACAUUCAAUGAUUUCUCGGAAAGUUACUAUAGCUGGGUUUGACCUGAACAGCUAUAGGGACUGUUUGUCCAAGUGGAAUCGUGCCAUAGAGACCAUGUAUAACCAGUGUAUGGAGGUUGGUUAUAAAAAAUGCAUGUUAGUUCACUAUGAACAACUUGUCCUACAUCCUGAACGGUGGAUGAGAACACUUUUAAAGUUCCUUCAUAUUCCGUGGAACCAGUCAGUAUUGCACCAUGAAGAGAUGAUUGGGAAAGCUGGGGGAGUAUCUCUGUCAAAAGUGGAGAGAUCUACAGACCAAGUCAUCAAGCCAGUCAAUGUGGGAGCUCUAUCAAAAUGGGUUGGGAAGAUACCUCCAGAUGUUUUACAAGACAUGGCAGUGAUUGCACCCAUGCUUGCCAAACUCGGAUACGACCCAUAUGCCAAUCCACCUAACUAUGGAAAACCUGAUCCCAAAAUCCUUGAAAACACUAGAAGGGUGUAUAAAGGAGAAUUUCAGCUACCUGAAUUUCUUAAAGAAAAACCUCAGACUGAGGAAGUGGAGUAGCAGAGCCAGGAGCCUCCUGCAUACACGAGUUAUUGAGUUCUCUAAAGCUUCUUUUAGUAUCCACUUUUUCAAAUGAAGAGUCAGCGCACUGGACUCCUAGACAUCUGACGCCCAACCAGUACCCCUGCAGAAGUUUCAACUGCAGAAGACAGCUGCAUGGAGCUAGCAGUGGGCAGGAGCAGCCCUGCUUUGGCUGCCAUCUGCCUGUUCUGCCCAUUGAAGCUACUGGCGGGAUCUAACAGCUUCUCUGAGGGAGAGUGUGCCUUGCCGCAGGCCUUCUACAGCUGGCCCUGUAGUUGUCGGUCCUCCUGCCUGUCUGCCUGGCUUGUGCCAGGUUCGCACCGGGAAGGAGGUGGUGUGGUGCAGGGAGAAAGACUGUGUCUCCACUGCAGUAACCGCACUGUUGCUUGUUUGCCCUAGGGAAGAUUGCUGCCUUUCCAGCGGAAGGGGAAUUUCUAGGACUGGCUGUGCCCUGCUGAGAUCAGCGGAAUGUGUGGACCAUGGUCUCCUCCCACUGAGAGGGUGGAAUUUCAGUACACGUUUGGGGUUUCCUGAGUGAUCCGCUUGCUAAGUACUGCACUCUUGAUCCUAAUUAUGUGCACACGCCCGUGGAUAAGGAACCCAGAGGGGACACAUGCUUUCUCUUAAAGCUGCUUUGGCCCUCAUCUUUUCUUACUGGAUUCUAAACUUUAUUUUCAAUGGGAGGGUUCGAAAAUGGGAUUCUACAGAAAAAGUGGGCAGUUUCAUCUUGGAAUAGGUUAUCUGUACAUGUUCUGAUGUUUUGUAGAACACUUGUAUCUGUUUAAAUAUACUGAUGUGGAUAAUAAAUAUCUUAAUUAUUUAAAUAAUUCAUUGUAUUGUUUCUGAGAAGUUGAGGAAAUUACUGUAUACAUUUACAACCUAAUGACUUUUGUAUUUUAUUUUUCAAAAUAAAAGCUUUAAAUGUGAA